AUGGCACAGGAAUCCCUCUCCCCUUCUGAUCUUGAUUUUGUUGAUGAUUUUUACUUCUCAGCACUGUUUGGUGAAGACCAAGAAGGAGAAGAAGAGGAAGGAGGAGGAGAAGGAGGAGGAGGGGGAGAAAACUUUGAAGUAUCAGAUGCCAAAUAUGCCGAAGGGUUGCAAUUUCAGGAGGCUUUGAUGGGUUCCGUCAUCAUUUCUCAAAUGAAAAACAUUGGCCCAGCGCCGAUGAUGAUAGAAGGAACCCAAGUAGUGCUACGUAUUUCUGAUCAGCCUACGUCUAUGGAGAUCAUCGAUGUAGAAGCUGGUGAGUCUUCUUUGAGUUUCUGUGAGAUUUGUGCUGAGAGAAAAGAGAGUGAUCAAAUGUUCAAAACCGAGAGUUGUGUUCAUUCAUUUUGCAACGACUGCAUAAGCAGACAUGUGGCUACUAAGGUCCAGGAUAGCUUUAGAAUAGUUACUUGCCCUGGAUUGAAUUGUAGGGCUGUCCUUGAAUUGGACGCCUGCAGGCCAGUACUGACUAGGGGAGUGAUUGAUCUUUGGGAGGAGGCAUUAUGUGAAGAGGUGAUAGAUGCAUCACAAAGGUUUUAUUGUCCAUUCAAGGAUUGUUCAGCUUUGUUGGUUGAUGACAACGAAGGAGAAGCAAUUAGAGAAUCUGAGUGCCCCUUCUGCCAUAGAUUGUUCUGUGCUCAGUGUUAUGUGCCCUGGCAUUCUGGGAUUGAAUGUGAGGAGUUUCUGAGGCUGAAUGAAGAUGAAAGAGGGAAAGAAGAUCUCAUGGUGAGGGAACUUGCCAAGGACAAGAAAUGGGGUAGGUGUCCUCAGUGCAAGUUCUAUGUUGAAAGAACAGAAGGCUGUCCUCACAUGGUCUGCAGGUGUAAGUUUGAGUUUUGCUACGGAUGUGGAGCACAAUGGGGUCAGAGUCAUGGUGGAUGCAGUAGGGAUUGA